AUGUCGCCCCCGGCAAUGGUCGCUGGCCGUGAAAAGGAGUCGAACCUGGCCAGGCUCCUCGGCUCAGGCUCUGCUGGCAUCGCCGAGCUGGCCAUCUUCCACCCCGUGGACACGAUUGCGAAGCGAUUGAUGAGCAACCAGACCCGAAUCGCCGGCGCCAGCGAACUCAACCGAGUCAUCUUCAAGGACAAGGCCACCGCUCCCUUUGGCCGCAAGUUUGUCUCUCUAUUCCCGGGUCUGGGCUACGCCGCGGGCUACAAGAUCCUCCAGAGGAUAUACAAAUAUGGCGGCCAGCCCAUUGCACGGGACUACCUCGCCAAGCACUAUGGAACGGACUUUGAAUCGGCGUUUGGAAAGAAGACUGGCAAAGCAAUCAUGCACUCUACGGCAGGCAGCCUGAUCGGCAUCGGAGAGAUCGUCCUUCUGCCCCUCGACGUGCUCAAGAUCAAACGUCAGACGAACCCCGAGGCCUUCAGGGGCCGUGGUGUCCUCAAGAUUGUUGCGGACGAGGGCUUCGGCCUUUAUCGAGGCUGGGGGUGGACUGCCGCCCGAAACGCCCCUGGCUCAUUCGCGCUUUUCGGAGGUUCUGCUUUUGCCAAGGAAUACCUGUUCCACCUGCAGGACUAUAACAAAGCGACAUGGUUCCAGAACUUUGUGGCUUCGAUUGCUGGCGCGUCGGCCUCGUUGGUAGUGUCGGCUCCUCUCGACGUGAUCAAGACGCGAAUCCAGAACCGCAACUUCGAGAACCCCGAGAGCGGAUUCCGCAUCCUCACAAACAUGGCCCGGCAAGAAGGAUUCUCCAGCUUCUUCAAGGGCCUGGUUCCCAAGCUUCUCAUGACGGGACCCAAGCUGGUCUUCUCGUUCUGGCUUGCCCAGACACUCAUCCCUGCCUUUGACGCCGCCAUGCGGUGA